ACCACUGCACCGGCACCGCCGCCCAUGGCAACGGGCCACCGCGCCCUCGCCAAUCUCACUGCCGUGCUCCUCGCGCCCAUCUUCUUCGUGUGGCUGGCUGCCGCGCAACCACAGGUGUGCGGUGACAGCGGGAGCUACUCGGCGAACAGCACUUACCAGUCCAACCUCGGGCAGCUCUCCGUCAGCCUCCCCAAGAACGCAUCCGCGUCCCCAACGCUCUUCGCCACCGGCAGUGUGGGCUCCGUGCCGGACAUCGUCUACGCCCUCGCGCUCUGCCGCGGCGACACCAACGCCUCCGCCUGCGCGGCCUGCGUCACCACCGCCUUCCAGGACGCGCAGCAGCUCUGCGCCUUCAGCAAGGACGCGUCCGUCUUCUACGACCUCUGCCUCCUCCACUUCUCCAACCAGAACUUCCUGCCCGACACCGACGGGCGAGGCAACCAGUUCAUCUUCCAGACGGACGCGCGGAACGUGUCCGCGCCGGCGGUGGUGUUCGACAACGCCGUCGGCGUGCUCCUGAACGCCACCGCCGACUACGCGUCCUCGAACUCGUCCAAGCGGUUUGCCACGGGCGAGGAGAUGUUCGACAGAGGCGGAAUCCCCGCGAUCUACGCGCUGGUGCAGUGCACGCCGGACUUGGCGCCGGCCGCCUGCCGGAGUUGCCUCGGGGAUAUAAUUCAGAUGAUGCCCAGGUAUCUCAGCGGGGGGCAGAGCGGAAGGGCUUUUUGGAUCCGAUGCAACUACCGGUACGAGUUGUAUCCUUUCUUCUCAGGCAGCCCUCUUCUGCGGCUUCCGGUGCCGGCAUUUGCUGGAAUGCCGCCGUCACCAGUGGACAUUUCGCCGCCGUCACCGGUGGACAUUUCACCGCCGUCGAAUAAAAGAGGGCAGAAGGAAAGAUCAGCAGCAAAGAUCUCUGCAUCGGUGGCCUGUACCAUUGUCUUUGUAUUAAUACUUUCUGCUUCUGCUUUUAUUUGCUUCAAGAAAAGAAAACCUUCGAAGAAGCAGCCAGGACUGGCAUUUCAUAACGCUGCGAGAGGAAAAUGUAUGAUCUUUGAUUUACCUACACUGCAAGAGGCAACAGAGAACUUCUCCGAGGAGAAUAAGCUCGGAGAGGGCGGUUUUGGUACUGUGUACAAGGGAACACUUCCAGAUGAGCAAGAAGUGGCAGUGAAAAGGCUUUCACAGACUAGUAGAGAGGGACUGAAUCAGCUGCACAAUGAAGUGCAAGUUUUGGCUCAGCUCCAGCACAUAAAACUUGUCAGGUUACUGGGGUAUUGCUCACAUCAGAAUGAAGUGAUGCUUGUCUACGAGUUCGUAAAAAACGGGUGCCUCCACAACUUCCUGUUUGAUGAAAGGAAGGGAAGGAAAUUAAAUUGGAACCUGCGGUAUAAUAUCAUUGUUGGAAUCGCCAAGGGAAUAUUGUAUCUUCAUGAAGACUCGAGCAUAAGAAUCAUUCACCGGGAUUUGAAGUCUAACAACAUUUUGCUGGAUGAGAACAUGAAUCCAAAAAUCGCAGACUUCGGGUUGGCAAGGCUGUUAGGAGGAGGCCAUACUCAGACCAAGACAGCUAAUGUUGCUGGAACAUACGGUUAUAUGGCACCAGAGUAUGCAAUAUUUGGAAACGUGUCUCCCAAGAUUGAUAUUUUCAGCUUCGGUGUUUUAAUCCUCGAGAUUGUAACUAGGAGAAAGAAUAACAGUUCGGAUGAUUACAAUAACACAGUGAAUCUCCUAAGCGAUGUAUAUAACUGCUGGACUAAGGAUAUGACAUUGCAAAUAGUUGACAAAUCGCUCAAUGUAUACUCCAAAAGUGAAGUAUUGCGCUGCAUCCACAUCGGUCUUCUUUGCAUCCAAGAGGAUCCAGAUGACAGACCGAACAUAUCCUCAGUUGUACUCAUGCUAACCCGAGACAGAGUAAAACUACAGCCACCACGACAACCAGCAUUUUUCUUUGCGAGAGACUCCAGUUCAGUUUUCGAACAUGCCAGACAUGGCAAUUAUAUAUACGACAAAUCUGAUGUGAUUGUGGAGGAUAAUUUCUCAGUGAAUGAGGUCACUAAUACUGAUCCCUAUCCUAGAUAAGUCGAAACCUGAAGCUUUACAAGUAUGACUAGGACACACCGUUUUCUACGGUUUUAUUAAUUCUCAGUUGCAUGAAAAUUUGUAAAUGUCAAUCACUAGAGUUGCACAUGACGUUGAGUAUCGAUCCAAAGGCUUGAAGAUGUUUCAGAAAUAUUUAUGCAACUUAUCGUAGAUAAUAUGCUUUCUUUUGUACAUAAAGGUGGGUUGUCAUGGAGUUUGAUUAAGGAGGUCUAAACUGGUGUA